UCGUACAAACCGUUGCGCUGUAGUAACGCGUGUCGCUGUAAAACAUUUUUGUUCGCGCGAAAGUUUACUUUGUGAAACUCAAAAUGACACAUAACACAUUUCUAAAGUGUAGUUAAUGUUAUUUAUUAUGCGAAUAAUUAGUCCUAAGACAAGAUUUUAGUUGGUUUUUAUUAGUGGAAACGUAUUCAACAAUUUCAUCGCGUGUGUAACGGUUAAGUUGAAGAUAAGAAGUUUCAAAGUAAAUAAAAACAAAAAAUGUGUAAGAAGAUGGAAGCUUAGGAUUUGUUAUUUGACAAGAAGUGACUAGAAAGUUUCUGCUGUAUCAACAUGGAGUUCAACCGGUUGCUUUCACCGUUUACUUUGCUGCUGUUUUGUGCAGUGUGUUCUGCGCUGCCGGAGGACGAGCAGCAUGACGCGCAUGAGGGUGACGACGUAACGCUGCAGUGUCGUUUUAGCCUGCCACCCGGCCCCGACUCCCUAACCUACUACUGGGUGCGCAACACCGCCAGCGGACACGACAACGUCGCCAUUGGCAACAUACCGCUAGAGACAAACUACCAAAUAAAAUACGCGCCGUCUGAGGGUCGUUUCGAUCUGCUGGUAUCCAACGUGACGUACGAACGUGACAACGGCCGGUUCGAGUGCCGCGUGAAGGCGGGCGGGUCGGGGCGCACGCUGCACGCACAGGGCCACGCGCUCACAGUACUCACGCCCCCGCAGCCGCCUCGGCUCACGCCCGGGCCGAGGGCCCUCGCUCAUGAGGAGCAAGAGCUCAGGCUGCAGUGCUCCAGCUCCGGUGGCUCUCCUGAGCCUUCCAUCAAAUGGUACCGCGAGGGGUCGCCAGGCGCGCUGGAGGCGUCGCUCGAGCACGGGCGCACGCGCGCCGAGCCCUCCGUAGCCACGCUGGUGUUGACGCCGCGCAGAGAGGACGACGGAGCUGUCUUCCGCUGCGUUGUAUGGAACCGCGCCAUGUCUGCCGGCGGUCAAUACAACGCGACCGUACAGCUUAGCGUCAACUAUUUUCCAAGAGUAGAAAUUGGACCAGAGAAUCCUCUACGCAUAGAAGUAGACGGCACCGCUACAAUGGAAUGCAAAGUUGACGCCAAACCGAAAGUGACCAGCGUGAGGUGGACGAGGAACGGGAAGUACAUCUCCAACUCCUUCACUCACACAAUUCAAGGAGUGGAAGUGCAAGACGCGGGCCAGUACACUUGCUCCGCGGACAACGGACUCGGCCGCCCCGGUGAGAAUGAAAUAACCCUCGACGUGCUCUUUCCACCCACCGUCACCAUCGACUCCAAAACAUACGAAGCAGAAGAGGGCGGUAAUGUUGAAAUACACUGCGAAGUCUCCGCAAAUCCUGAACCCACCUCCAUUGAGUGGACCAUGGAGGGUAAACCUGAGUUCAGACAGAAGGGGAAAACACUCACACUCACCAGAGUAGAUGCAGACGUAGCUGGAACGUACACUUGCCGAGCUGUGAAUAUAAUUUCGACCAGCAACGGGAAUCGCGCGGAGAGAGCGAGCAGCGCUUCCGUGGCGGUGCUGGUACGACACAAGCCGGGGCGCGCGCACAUCACUCCGGAGCGGCCCGUGGCGCAGGAGGGCGCCGGCGUCACCCUCACCUGCAGCGCCCGCCCGCCCGGCUGGCCCGCGCCACAAUACCGCUGGUUCAGGGACAUCGACACCUCCGACGCGAACCCCAUAGUCCUGGCCACCGGGGUCACAUACAACAUACCGAACGCUCACCUCGGCAGCGAGGGCGUCUACCAUUGCCAAGCGACCAACGAGCUGGGACACGGCGAGCUGGCAUCGGUCACUUUAGAAGUGCACCAGCCCCCGCGAUUCCAGUCCAAGCUCCAGCCGCACGCGACUAAACGCUCGCGCGAACAAAACUUCUCCUUGUCUUGUAGCGCAUUCGGCAAGCCGUUGCCGAACGUCAAGUGGUACAAGAACAAUUCUGAGAUCAAACCUGAUGUAAACCUGUACGAGGUGAAGACUGACGUGACGGAGGGUCGCGACUCUGUGUACAACGUGCAGAGCACGCUGCGUUUCUACGGCAAGGCGCGACCUAACGGCAACGACCUCAUCCCCGAGGAUCGGGGCUCCUACACCUGCGCCGUGGAGAAUGAAGUCAAGAAGAUCGAGUCCUCUAUGCAUCUUAGAAUAGAGCAUGAACCGAUUUCGAUCAGACAACAGAAGAAGGUCGCAUUCGACGUGAUGGAGCCGGCCGAGAUAUCUUGCAGGGUGCAGGCCUAUCCUAAGCCUGACUUCUUAUGGUUCUACGGCUCCAGUAACUCUCCAUUAUCAUCAUCAGAUCACUAUGACAUCACGACAGUGACACAGGACAACGAUUCCUACUUAAGUACAUUAAAAUUAAGAAACGUGAAGCCUCAAGAUUACGGCGACUACUACUGCACUGUCAAAAAUACACUCGGAAGCAUUCGACCUCAGAUACGUUUGCAGCCGAAAGGCGCUCCGGAAUCACCUCGGGGGUUGACCAGUCAAAAGGUGGGGUCGAGCUAUGUCACUUUGAAGUGGGAGUCUGGCUUCGACGGCGGCCUCUCGAACAUAUACUACGUGUGGUACAGAAGAGUUGCUCGGGGCGCAGGCUCCGUGGAGCAGUGCGCCGGCAACCGCAACGAUGUCAAUGAUUGGAAGGAAUACGACUGUAUGCGGGCAAAUCCAUGCAACGUCACAAGAUUGGACCAGCAUAAUACUUAUUCUUUCAAGGUGAAAGCAGUAAACACUAAGGGCCAGAGCAACUAUUCUAAUGAGAUAACAGUGACGACGAAAGUAAACAAGAUUCUGCCUCCGGAGCAGCUGACGUACGACCCGAGCACGCGCGCCGUCGUGUUCAGUGUCGGCCCCACAUGUCUGGGACUCGUCGCUGUCGCUGAGGGCCUCGGCAGGUCCGGAGGAUGGCAGGUUGUGGAAACGAUUCCUCUAAGCGUGUCGGGUGUGAGCAGCAGCGUGCAGCGCGGCACGCUGGCGGGCCCGGGCCCCCCCGCCCUCGGCCCCGCCGCCUCCGCCCCCGCCAUGGACGACCUCAACCCCCGCCUGCGUCUGCGUCUCUGUCUGCUGCACAAGCAGGACGUCUGCAGCGAAUACGUUGAAGCUGACAUUGGUCCAGCGUACAUUAAAGAAGCGUCGGCCCUCACUACGGCAACAUUGAUCGCGAUUGUCGUCUCCGUAAUCGUCUUCGUUCUCUUCUUGUGUCUUCUGUUCAUCUUCUGCCGCUGCAAACGUACAGAGAAGAAGAAAAAGGACUAUGAAAUGGCGUCCAUAGGUCACGGCAUGUCGCUCACGUCGCCCAAGAAUCAGGCGCCGCCGCCCUACAUGGAGUACCCCAACGCGGGCAUGGAGAACAAGGCUCUGGAACAUUCCAUGGACCUUACUAUGGACGACUCCAAGAACGCCGUGUACGCCACGCAGGCCGCGUACGGGUACCACAUCGCACCGCACGCCACGCCCACACACGUCGGACAGAACAUGUCUAAUAUGGACUGGGUCAACACGGGCUACAUGGACAAAGGCUACGCGAAUAGUAACAACGGCGGCAGCGUCAACUCGCAGGACUCGCUGUGGCAAAUGAAGAUGGCGGCCGCCAACAACCCCGGCAUGAUGAUGUUGGAGCGCACCAGCAACUACGGCUACGACCCCAUGCAUGCCGGCUACGGCACCAUCGACGACUACGCGGCGUAUCAGCCGCUGCCGCACCCCCCGCACGGCGGACACGCCCCCCACGCCGGCCACGCCCAGCUGACCGGCCACGCCCCGCUCACAGGACACGCCCCCGCCGGCGGGGACUACAUGCGCACCUCGCAGAACCCCUCGCGCCAGGACUACUGCUCCGACUCAUACGCCUCCGUGCACAAGCCCAAGAAGCGCAUGGACCAGCACACGGAGUCUCCGUACCACGAGGUGAGCGGUCUGCCGGAGACGUAUGCGGGAGUGGGCGGUGUGGGCGGAGCGGAGGGCGAGGAGGGCGGUGGUGAGGAGAAGCCGCCGCCGCUGUCGCUGAGCUACGACGAGUCGCUGGAGUCCGGCUACUCCACGCCCAACUCGCGCGCGCGCCGCGUCAUACGCGAGAUCAUCGUCUGAACAUACACAACUAAUCAUUAUUACUGCAAACACCACAUAUUAUUAAAUAUUGUGAAUGAAAUUCGAAUGCCUACUGACUUUAUACUCGGAACAGAUAUUUCAACAUACAACUUUUGUCAACAGGAUUAAGUGUUAUUACAAUUUGUAGUACAUCCUAUUUAUAGUUGCAUGAUUUUACAUAGCGUUGCGUCCAUUAUGCGCGUAGCCCGCAGCGCAUCAAUACAAAGCAAUCCGUUUCAGUGCGUGCAGUGCGUUCUGUGCGGACCGAUGGACUCGCACCUUUACCUUAACUGUAACUAAAUAAAUGUUCUAUACUGAUUCAGUUAUAAAAAUUUGUUUAUAUUUGCAAAUAUCUUGUACAUGUCUGUUUUACAGAACGUCACCAAAAUGCAUUUCAACUCAAUAUCAAAUACUCCAAUAAAAAAAAAUACGGCUAUAGUACUAUGGCAGCUACUCAAUAAGUUUUAAACAAAUAAUAGGAAUAUGUUAUAAAUAAAACUGAUUUAUACAUAAAUUAUACUUGUAGUUAAGUUCAUAGUUCUUUAAUAGAUCUCAAUCAUACACGCUUCCAAACAAUUUGAGUCAAAGUAACACAACUUUAAUACUUCAUACAUGAGGCUAAAAGUUACAUUUUAAUGUACUUAUUGCCUUUUAUAUAAGUAAAUAGGACUUAUUAUAUUUACUAUCAAUGCAUAUUUUCUAUAUAUUUCAUACAAUAUAUUUAGAAAAUCUUUUAUCUUCUUAUUUUGAUUGCAUAGAAACUUCUAUCAAAUAUAAGCUAGAUAUAAAAACACUUGAUUGUCAUAUCUAUCUUAUCAUAUGAAAUAACGAAUCUCGUACUUAAUAUUAUGAUAACAAUUUUAUUAAAGUAUAAAAAUUGUGGCAUUUGACAUUGUAAAGCUCUCACAGCCAUUAUUAAUUUUAACGCACAUGUAAAUAUAAAGCGUUGUAGUUAUUAACAUUAUAUAAUCUGUGCAGGAUUGUCAUAUUAAAAUAAAAUGUCAAUAAGCUCAGUAAUAAUUACUAUGCUUACUGCACGCAUUUACUUUGCCUCUCUCGAAUUAAAAAAAUAAGCGUAUUCUUAAUUCAAAAAGUUAAUGAUUAUGACAUUUGUGACGUCACACCUAAAUAUGGUUUUCAUUCGGUCAUUUUCAUUUAGUGAAUGAUUGUUUUUUAUUUUUAACCUUUUAAACAUUGUUUAUUUUUUAGUUAAUCUAAAUAUA